AUUUUGGGUACAUUCUUUGGAAACGCCCUCCGCCGAGCCCCUUGUUAUUCUGUUGAUACAUUCUCUGCACCAUGCUAUUGUGUUUUUCUUUUUUAUUUUAAUAUGCUUCAUUACUUUUAUUUAAAAACACCUUUGCCCUUGAAUUUAUUCAAACUGAAUAGGAGACUCCGUUGUGUGUAUGUUGCUUGUGUGUGUGUGUGUGUAUGUUGUUGCAAUGGGUUGAGUUGAUUUGAGGACUGUCUCCUUUGUACAUGAAUAGGGGACAAAAAAGUGCCCAACGUGACGAAAUCACUUAUAUAGCACUUAACAAGAACCUGAGCCCUCAGCAAUUUGCCUUUUCUCAUUUGCAAAGCAUUACCCUAAUUGUUGUGCCAAGGUCGGCCCUCCCAAUUCUCCCGCUUUAAAAAAAACCAAGAUAUAUGUACUUGGACCUUUUUGUUUCCCCCCCUCCUUCUUCUUCCGCACUUUACGAACCUAGUUUGAACGAAGAACGAACGAAUUGACCCACAUACCCGCUUUUGAAAAUAGUAACCUGAUUGACCCACCUUUUGCCCGCCCGCAUAUCCCAAUUCCUUUUUUGCGCGAAUGCCCAUCAUCAUCUACCACAAGUCUUUAUCCGAAGCCGAGCGAUUGGAGGAUCCCGUAAUCAAGGACACCUCAUUGACCGACGACACUCUUUCGUACAUUUCUAUUGAGGAAUCUGGCGUGACACUCCCCAUCUCGUAUAUCGUUGACAAGAUCCACGCUAUGGGUCCCAAGCUAUUCAACAAUCCUCAUCAUGCGUCCUGCGUCCUACGAGUAAUGUGCGAUAUCAAGCUCGACAAGACCACUUGGGACACCGUAACCCCUCAGGAUCAGUUUUACUGGAUCCACGAUUUGGCCCUCACUUCCCAAUCCAAAGCCUUUACAACCAUGUUUGCGUCCAAACCUUCCUCCUCCUCCUCCUCCUCCUCCUCCUCCUCGCCCACCACCCAAAAAACCAAAGCCCCAAGUCCGAUCCCAUACAAAUGGCAAUCCCUCUCAACAACUCCCACCCGUAAACCUCGUAUUGAAACCUACCCAUCACCAACCACCUCGCCAUCCUUCCCCCUCCUCUCCAUCCGCGUCACCUGUCCUUCCAUCUUCCCUGAACUUUUAUAUUGGCUCUACACUGGCGAUGAUGAGCGAUGGAUGCGGGCUAUCCUCGCGAAUGGACCCGUCGACGCUGUUGUGGCAGAUGUGGAGGCCUUGGGCAUAGAUGACAGGUUUAAACGGAUUGAAGCAUCGUGUAGGGAAAUGGAGAAAACAAAAGGCGUUCAAACAAAACAUGAAUGAAACAUGUUUGCCUUCUCGAGUAGUUGUAGUAUAAUAUCAUAACUCUGGUUGGACGUCUUUUUGGGAUAAUGAAAGCUUUUCGGGAUUUGGAUCUUUUCCUCUUCAUUUCAAAACUUUUUUGUUUUUUUUAUUCGACAUGGCAUCUAUGGACUUAUAUAUACGUAUCGGGUUCGAUGCGGUACAUUACAAGAUGUAAUCCGAGUAUCAAAUAUAAGAAUCUGCGGAAUAGAUGACAAAGGUAGACUCUUGCAGACCUUG